AUGGUUGGAUGGGUGGCGCACAACGAGGGAAUUCACAUCCGACAUCAGUUAAACAGCACAGAAAAGCGCAUCGGUGGUCGUAAACUGCCUGUAGACGGUUUCAACGAGCAGACGCAAACUGUGUACCAGUUUCACGGGUGUUAUUGUCACGGCCAUGACUGCGCUCUGAACAGAGGAAAGGAGUUCAACGACAAACAAAACAAACCCAUGGGUGAGCUGUUGGAAGAAACCAGAGCCAACACCGAGUAUAUUUGCAGCAAAGGCUACAGCGUGGUGGAGAGGUGGGAGUGUGAAUGGCGGCAAAUGAAGAAAACGAAUCGUGAACUACAGCGAUUCAUUGCCACCGAAGUCAGGAGAACCUUGGAUACGAUCAACAUUAUGAGCCCGGAGCGGAUAUUGAGCGAGGUGCGAAAUGAGCGUUUCUGCGGAUGCGUGGAAGUAGAUAUUCGUGUACCAGAUCAUAUGAAGGAAAAGUUAAGUGAAAUGUGCUCGAUCUUCAAGAACACAGAAAUCAGCCGCAAUGAUAUUGGGGACUUCAUGCAAACUUAUGCAGAAGAACAUAACAUCAUGGCCCAGCCUCGGCGAAGCUUGACUGGGAGUAUAAAAGGGGAAAAGAUCCUGCUGGCCACACCCCUCCUCAAGUGGUACCUGGAACAUGGUUUAGAGGUCACCAAAGUGCACCAAGUGAUCGAGUUCACCCCUGAGCCCUGUUUCAGACCUUUUGGGGAUGCAGUGUCAGAC